CAGAGGUCGUGACGGUGCUGCUAGCGAGGCUGCCCACCCGGGAUAUAAAGAGUGGCGAGCCGCUCGGCCGGUUCCAGAGCGCCGAUGCCCCAGCCCAGCGUCGAGGAUGGAAGAGAGGAUGGACGGCUGUCAGUUUUCGCCCCCCUCGGGCGGCUUCUUCUACGGCAGUUCGCCCUUCGCCCCUUCCCCCGAGGAGGAGGAGGAGGAGGAGGAAGAAGAGGAGGAUUUCGCCCAGAGGAUGCUCCAAGAGCCCUCGGCGGAACUUCCCGGGAGCUCGGACGGCGAGGAGCACGUCCGCGCCCCGACGGGCCACUCGCAGGCCGGCCCCUGCCUGCUCUGGGCUUGCAAAGCCUGCAAGAAGAAAGCGAGCCCGGGCGACCGGCGCAAGGCGGCCACGCUGCGGGAAAGGCGGCGGCUGAAAAAGGUCAACCAGGCUUUCGAGGCGCUCAAGCGCUGCACCUCCUCGGCCAACGCCGCCCAGCGCCUGCCCAAAGUGGAGAUCCUGCGCAACGCCAUCAGCUACAUCGAGAGCCUGCAGGAGCUGCUGCGGGAGCAGGUCCAGCAGUUUUACGGCCUGCCCGCGCCCGGCUCCUCCGAGCCCCCCAGUCCCCACUCCAGCUGCGCCGACGGCCCCGGAAAGGAGACUGAAUGCAGCAGUCCCUUGUGGUCCAGAAGGAACAGCACUUAUAGCAGGAGUUACUGCUCUGAUCUCCAAAAUGCCUACCCCUCAGAAGCAGCAAGCACUACCCUCUCCAGCCUGGACUGCUUAUCCAGCAUAGUGGAUAGAAUCUCUUCUUCAGAUCAGGAAGGAUUCUCUCCCCAGGACGCUGUUCCCCUUUCUCCUAUUGCCAGCCCUGAAUCCCAGCCAGCCUCUCCUGAGGCGCCUCAUUCCAACCUCAUCUAUCAUGUACUUUGAACUGCCUGAGAUUUGACACCAGCUGGGCCAACGAUUGGGUGCUUCUGAGAAUUCCCAACAUCAACAAGGAGAUGCUCUCUUGAAAUAUGAAGCUCUUGGAAUUCUCGUGGACCAAAAGUAUGCAUACAAAGAAAAAAAAAGUCACUUUAUAUUGUCCUAGCUUCCCUUUUUAGAAAGCAAAUGACAUCUUUAAUCAAACUGCUUUUUAAUACUAUGUACUACAAUUAUAUGGUGACCUUUAAAUUGUAUGACAUCACUAUCUUAAUUAUUAUAAAGAAUAGAAGUCAAAUGUGUGGAUGUAGAUCCAUGUUUUGAAUUGCUAUACGAAAACACAGGAUUAGUUAAAUUAUAUUUCAUAAAAGUACUUUUAAUUAAAAAAAAUACAUUAGCUACAUGAUCUCUUGUUUUUAUCUAUAAUAUUAUAAUAUGAUAGUAUCUAAAAAUAAUAACCUAGGAUCAACUCUACAACUAGCUAGGACAAAGCAGCGUAGCUCAAAAGGCAGGUGUUUGGCUUAGGCUACUGUGUAUUGCUCUCUGUUUAUUUUAAUGUUUAUUUUACCACUAGGGGGAGACAUUUAUAUUUUCUUAAAUAAACCUUGAUUCAGGUUUCCAAUUGCUACUACCGCUUUAGACCUACAGUAUUGACGAAGACCUGUGGAAUGCAAUAACAUCUUAUCAUGUUUCUUUUUCUCCUGCAGCCAGGGUCUCUCAGCCAGUAUUAAGCAUUGAGGUGCUUUGGUGAGCCUCUUGUCAUUUUAAAUUUAGGAAAUCAAAGGGGAAGGCAAUAAAGUUCUGGUUUUAUUUUUUUAUAGUUAUGCUUUUGAUAAUAACAAUAAAAAGCUUUACUGAUUA